CCUCACCCUAUAUGGUUCGGGUAAUCCCCGAGGGAGUCGAUUCCAUCAAUCUCCUAUGAUAUAGGGUUGCUCUAAGUUGAAUAGAGCCUACCACAUUCAUCGAUUCGCCAUUCUGGGUCAUGCCCAAGGGAGUCCAUCUCCUAACGGUAGAGUAAUUGAGUCAAUCGAGCUUUUGACCUAAGAGGGAAAAAACUCCUCACCCCAUAUCGUCCUGGUAAUACCGGAGGGAGUCGAUUGGAUCGAUCUCCUACGAUAUGGCGGUUCCCUAGGUUGAAUAGAGCACCACUCGUCCAUCAUCACCGUUCCGGGUCCGUCCCAAGGGAUUUCAUCUCCUAACGAUAGAAUAGUAGGUCGAUCGAGCUAGGAUGGUAUUCAACAUCGAUCCAAAGGUCGGAAAUAGGGGGAUUUAAUCCAAGAGAGCUCCAAACCUUGUAAAUAGCUAGGUUAGUGGUUAGUUUAGGUUAGUUAGCUUAGUUUUAACAAUCACUACCCUAGGUUGACUAGAUAACGAACUCUAAACCUGAAGUAGGAUAAGCCUAGAUCCACGUGGGACGAUAAAUUCUUAUUGCUUGCUUGCCCUAUGUUACACCCGGUCGCUAGUUAUACUUGAAUGUCGAUUGGGAUGUUGUAGUUAGAACGAGUCAGAGAAAAUUUGAAUCCUAGAGAGAAGGGAGAGGAUUUUCGGCUAAAAGAAAGAAGGGAAAGUGAAAAUUGAGGGGUGUGUGGUAUUGGUGGCCAAAAAAUGGCCUUUUAUAGUGGCUAGGGCAGCGGCAGAGGUGGCCGCCGCAACUUCCCUUCGUGUUCUACUAUGGUUUCCAGCAUUUUCGCUUCAGAACACUUACCUCGAUAGUACGAAAGCUCCUUUCAUACUAUUUUUAACGUUUUUAAAUCUUCCAUUCUCAUCAUAAGAUCAAAAUUUUGCUCCGAAUGUAACACCUAUCCAAUGGAUUCAAUGUUUUCCUCCAAUGAGUAACUCAAAAUUUCAAGCCAAAAACAAGCUUCAAAAUUUAAAAAUUAAUCUAGGAAAGAGAAAUUCGUGCUUUCUCCGUAGUAGCACUUUUAUUUAAAGUCAUUAAGUUUGACGCCAGACAUGGGCUGCCUCCCAUGGAUCACUCUCUCUUUUAUGCCUUUCAGCUAGACUCAGUGAGGUGUCCUUAUUAUUGAUUUCACUAUCAGGUUUCACUUCAUCUUCAUCUUUGCAUCUCGUUGCAAGGAUUUGACAUAGUUGAAUCCAUUAGGUUAAUGACAAUUGAUGAACUCCUGAUAAUCCUCUGGUGUCUUGUACUCCAGCUCCUCGAUCCUCGAUAGCAUCAUCUUUGGUCUUGUACUGGCUAUCCUUAAUGCCAUUUGAGCUAUCUUCACAACAAGAAUUGGCGAAACCUUGUUUAACUCUCCUCUAUAUUUUGGGUCUUGGUCAUGGUGAUGAAGUAUUAUAUUUUCCGAAUCCCCCAUAUGAGAGCCAAAUUAAAAUUUGAUCUCAUUGUCUGGAUACUCCUCGAUUUUGUCACUUUUUUUUAUUCGCCUGUCUACUUUAUACAAGAACUUUCAUGCAUGUAGGGUUACUUCUCCGUUGACAUCAUCAAUUAGUUCUCCACCAGUGGCAAGGAAUGGUCUUCUUAAGAGGGUCGAAUACUCUUUGCUUGUCUUCGUGUCGAUCACAAGGUAGUCGAGGAAUAAAAUGAAUAGGCCAGCUUGGGUGCUUAAACCUCGAACAACUCCAAGAGCUGUAAGGGGUACUGUUGGAAAUCAUCUUCUCCAAUAUUGCCACUGUCACUUCUGCUUCUCCAAAAGAUUCUAUCAGAUUCCUGAAGAUCGGUGGAUUCUCAACUCAUUUCUUAUCUUCUUUCUUUUUCAUGCUCAGUAAACUCUGGAUGCUCCCAUCCUUGUCGAGAUGACAUUGACUUCCUCCUUAUUUGGAUUGUUCUUUGUGUUGCUCGGGAGUUUGCUUUGAGGAUUUUGAGGUUAGGCAUCAAUGUGGAGUCCAAGUUGCCUUUUGAUAUUCUUGUAGUUCGUUUGCAGUCCUAUCAUUGUUGCCUCCAGCUUCUCAAAUAUGGUGGGUUGCUGAUUGGAGAUACCUUCUUCUUGCAUCUUGUAUUGAGGUGGAUUGCCUAAUCAUGGUGAAUCUUGCUUCUUCAACCAUUGUGCUUCAUGAACAUAGGUUCCAUUGGAAGAGGUGAUGUUGUGGUAGUCCUUGUGCUUCUUCCCUCCUUUAGCAAGCCGUUGACCAUACAGUAUGCGAGGUUGGUUGAAUCUUUGAUAAGGAGGAUAACUCCCCUGUUGAGAUCUCGAUUGAUAGCUUGAUUUAUGUAAUUGACAUCUGCAUGUUCUCGCCCUUCUUGGCUAUAGUAGUCGAAUCCUUCAUGACCUUCUUCUCCACAUGCUUCACAAACAAACAAGGAUGAAACCAAUCCAUUCUUUGGCUCCAUUGAUGCUCUCUUUAGUUGUUGGGUCAGCUCAUACAUUUUAGUACCUAAUUUUCCCCCUCACAUUUUGGUACCUAAACUUUUUCAAAAUUAAAAACAGGUUCAUUGCUAAGAAACUCCUGGUAAGUUUUGAAAAACUUCUGGCUAGCAUUGAGGUUCUGGCCUACUUUGAGGUUCUGACUUGCUUUGAGGUUUUGGCAUGUUUUGUGGUUCUGACAUGCUUUGAGGUUCUGACAUGCUUUGAGGAGGUCAUGACAUGGUUCAGUGGUCCCCCUCUCUUCCUUCCAUUUAAUGCAAAAAGGAUGACUGGUUCCUCAUCCCCGUCCCCAAUUUUUCAUAAUACCACUCGUGCCCCUCUUUUCACUUCUCCCUCAUUAAUUGUGGUCAGCUCAUUUAAAUGGAAAAGACAUCCAAACGAAAUGUUUGUAUUGAAUGGAGCAAGUGUUAGCACCAUGCUAACAAAAAAAGUGUUAGCAUGCUAACCACUUCUAUUAUAUGUUAUUAUUCAUAUGUUAGAUAAAAUUUGAUAUAAUUUUUAAUAUAUUAACAAUAUAAUAACGUUUUUUUUUAUAUAUCCAAGCUAAACUAUACUAAAGUAUUCGGUAUAUCUCAAAUACCGAUACCAAGUUUACCGCCCUAACCACAACCCACUUGCUUGAUCGGUAUAUUGGUAUCAACUUCCAUCGCUAAUUCCAGGACGCCCACGAAAUCCGCAAUUCGUCCGCGUGACACGUGGCGGAGCAUCCUCCAGUCUCCAGCAGACGGCAGAAAUAUAAACCCCCACCAUGUCUUGGCAUUCUCUCCACUCAUUUCUGCAGCAGUGAACAAAGUGGAAGCGGACAAAGAAAUGGCGGAGAAAAUCCAGGAGCGGGCGGAGGAGAAGAAGGAUGGCAACAAUGGCGGUCCCAGUAUCGUCUCCGUGAAUCCCAAGCCCAGAAAUGGGUUUCCCUCCAGGCUUGUCGAUUUCCUGGAGAAGCUGAUCGUGAAAUUCGGCUACGACACCUCUCUGCCUCUUCAUUAUCUCUCCGGCAAUUUCGCUCCAGCUGACGAGUCUCCCCCAGCCAAAGACCUUCCCGUCAAAGGCUCUCUGCCUGAAUGCUUGAAUGGGGAGUUUGUGAGAGUAGGUCCAAAUCCUAAGUUUUCCCCCGUUGCUGGAUACCACUGGUUCGAUGGAGAUGGAAUGAUCCAUGGUAUGCGUAUAAAAAAUGGAAAGGCAACAUAUGUCAGCCGUUAUGUCAAAACAUCACGCCUUCAGCAAGAACAAUUUUAUGGAGGUCCCAAAUUCAUGAAGAUUGGGGAUCUCAAGGGGUUUUUUGGAUUGUUUAUGGUUAACAUACAGACCUUGAGAGCGAAAUUGAAAAUAUUGGAUUUGACAUAUGGAAACGGGACAGCUAAUACUGCUCUUAUUUAUCACCACGGGAAGCUCCUAGCACUUCAAGAAGCUGAUAAGCCCUAUGUGGUUAAAAUAUUGGAAGAUGGGGAUCUGCAGACUGUCGGCUUGCUGGACUAUGACAAGAGGCUCAAACAUUCUUUCACUGCUCACCCAAAGGUUGAUCCAUUCACAGGAGAAAUGUUCACCUUUGGAUAUUCACAUGAGCCACCAUAUGUCACAUAUCGAGUAAUUUCAAAGGAUGGUGUCAUGCAUGAGCCUGUACCAAUAACAAUAUCGGAACCUAUCAUGAUGCAUGACUUUGCAAUUACAGAGAAUUAUGCAAUCUUUAUGGAUCUUCCUAUGUACUUCAGACCAAAGGAAAUGGUGAAAGAAAAGAAGUUCAUAUAUGCUUUUGAUGCAACCAAAAAGGCUCGUUUUGGUGUCCUGCCUCGAUAUGCAAAAGAUGACCUUUUGAUCAAAUGGUUUGAGCUUCCUAAUUGCUUCAUAUUCCACAAUGCCAACGCUUGGGAGGAAGGGGAUGAAGUUGUUUUGAUUACUUGCCGCCUUGAAAAUCCAGACUUGGAUAUGGUUAAUGGAACUGUCAAGGAAAAGCUUGAGAACUUUGCAAAUGAACUAUAUGAAAUGAGGUUUGACAUGAAAACUGGGGUGGCUUCACAGAAGAAACUAUCAGCAUCUGCUGUUGACUUCCCGAGGAUCAACGAGAGUUACACUGGCAGGAAACAGAGAUUCGUGUAUGGUACCUCUCUAGAUAGCAUCGCAAAGGUCACAGGAAUCAUCAAAGUUGAUCUCCUGAAUGAGCCCCAGCCAGAGAAAACAAAGCUGGAAGUUGGAGGAAACAUUGUAGGCAUCUUUGACCUUGGACCGGGUAGGUUUGGUUCAGAAGCAAUAUUUGUUCCUAGGGAGCCUGGCAUCACUUGUGAGGAAGAUGAUGGCUAUUUGGUAUUCUUCUCCCAUGACGAAAAUACCGGAAAAUCAGCUGUGAUUGUUAUUGAUGCGAAAACCAUGUCAUCGGAUCCAGUUGCAGUGGUGGAAUUGCCCCAUAGAGUUCCUUAUGGAUUCCAUGCCUUCUUUGUCACAGAGGACCAACUUCAAGAACAAGCAAAGCUGUAAGUUACUGAAUAAGCAGUGAAUCAAGAGAGUGGGGAACGAAAUCAAGGGAAGAGUGGAUCAUACUGAAAUUAGAGACAUCAUAAUGUAAUGUAUUUGAGAGAUGGGUUAAGAUGCAAUGCAAGGAAAUUGUAUUGGGGAUUGUAACGAGAGACUGAAAGAUCUCCCACAUACAUUUGUUGGAUGCUACGUCAUUACCAUUAUACUAUCUUAUAAGAGUUACCUAGUUUUUAAUGCUCUAUUUAAGCAUAGUGCUUAAAGGAUGCGCUAACUGUAUCGUUAAUGAAUCUGACAAUUUCAAUCUCAAAUCUGCUCAAAGUUUAAUUAGUACCUGAAAUUGUCGCAAGGUGAAUCGAAAAAUCUGCUCUCUCAAGGAUAAUGAGUGUCUUAAUGAAGCAAGUUAAUCAACAACAAAUUCGGAUUGCGGAGGACAAAGUUAUGAUCCUCCAAAAUAUGGCAAACUCGAAAAUUGCUCGUUUAGGGGUAACAAAUGAUGUUUUCUCGGGGCAAAGGCACGAGAAUUUUUUUAAUACAUAGGGAAUUUCUGCCAAAUGAGCAAUAUUUUUCCAAACGAGCAAUUUUUGGAUGGCCAUCUUCCGAGAAAACGUCAUUUGCUACCCAUAAACGAGCAAAUUUUUGAAUUUGUCGAACUUUGGAGGAUCAUAACUUUAUGCUCCGCAAUCCAAACGUCGCAAAGUUUUUUUUUAUUUUGCAUAAAUUUUUUAGUACUACAACAUUUACUAGGAAUAAAUUUUCAAAAAAGGAAUAUUUUUUAAUAUAAGGGGUUUUGGGAAUAACUUUAAUUUUCACAUUUCCACAUAUAUUCUGAAAAUAUUUCUAUUAUAAAAGUUGUAGUCCUCGAAAGUUAUGUGCGAAAUGAAAAAAAAUAUUGCUACGAUCGGAUAACCGAGCACAAAGUUAAGGUUGUUGAAAAUUUCAAAAGAGUAGUACGAGUUCACUAAACUCGAACCACUUCAGCUCCACAUGGUUCGAGAGUUACAUCAUCGAUCUACGUCUAGAUCGAGUCUACUACACUCGAACCAGUUAGUAGUUCGAGUUCCUCAAACACGAACCACUCCAAACUUAGGUAUUUUGGGGAAAUUUUUUUUAUAAAUGUGGUAGUUUAGAAUUUUUAUUUUAUGUGUAUUUGGGGGAAAAUGCCGAACCCGGGUUGGUGGAGCUGAACUUAGGUCACCCAAUUCGUUGGGUUGGGCCUUGCGCUCCCGCUCGAGAGCGCUGAAAGACAGAUUUUUCCGAAUUCGCAGAAAGUACGCAAAUUUUUAUUUCACAGAGCGCGAUUUCUUAUUUUUAGAGCGCGUUCUUUUCCAAGCAACAACAAAACAAGAAAUUAACACCCAAUUUGAGGAUGGUAGCUGUCGGACAGGGUGUAGAAAAACAAUCGAUUGAAGCGAAGAAGAAGAAUACAAUAGAUUGACAUCAGUAUUCAAUUGGCAAAAGAAUAAAUUGGAACUUCUGAAACUCCAGAGGAUCCCAAGUCACCGUUGGAGCUCAAAAAUCUCGAGGAUGCGCUAAGACAGAUCUGAAAAGAAAAGCAAAGGACCCAAAACGAAGAUCGUGUUGCGAAAAGUCCACAACUCUCCGACUGAUCUAGAGUGGGAGAGAGACGACAUGCAGUUGAUGACAGGGGAUGAACGCUUGAAUCGUCGGCCGCGGCGGAGACGAAAACAGAGUCGAUGGUAUGUUUGGGGACUGAGAAUGGAUGGUUCCGUAUGAGAAUUUAGAAUUGGGAAAUUUUGCCAGAGGUGGAGAGAGAUGAGAAUGGAUAUAAGUUUGGACUUUGCUACGGUGACAUGCAUGUCACGGUGACAUGCACUUUUCGGUUGACUUCAUAUAGGAUUAGGUCGACCUAAUCUGUUGUUUCAGUGUAAAAACAGUUUCAUGGUGUCUACUUUGGAGAUUCAUAUCUAACAAUUGGCUAGAUGGAAAUUGGAGAUUAAAGGCUUGUUUGAAGCUGAACUGUCCCUCUACACAUUAAAGUACUUGGGAGCUCAAUAGAUUGUCCAGAAGACGAUUUUUGAACCUGACCAAAAGGCUAUGCCAAAACUGGGAAACUGCCUGAAAAUUGCUAAGUCUGGCAACGUAUUUGUCAAGCCUACUUUGGAGCUCAAUUUGAGAAGCAUGGAUGCGAGUCAAGUCCAGGGGCCUCUACCACGUUAAAUUACGUUUUUUUAUACAAAGGAAAGGCAUUGGAUGAAAGAUUGAAUAUCUUUAAGGCUUCAAACAAAAGGCUCGAAGUUGCUACGAAGGGUGUUUUCUGGCAGCUUGCUUGUGCUCGAAGUCUGCCAGAAAAACAAUAUUUGUAGCAACUUCGACCCCUUUGUUUGAAGCCUUACAUAUAUCCAAUCUUUCAUCCAAUGCUUUGAAUUUGUAUAAAAACAUACCUAAUUUAACGUGGUAGAGGCUCCUGGACCCGACUCGCAUUCAUGCUUCUCGAAUUGAGCUCCAAAAUAGGCUUCAUAAACACGUUUCCAGACUUGAGCCAUUUCCAGGCAGUUUCCCAGUUUUGGCAUAGCCUUUUGAUGAGGUUCAAAAAUGGUAUUCUGGACUUCCUAUCGAGCUCUCAAUCACUUCAAUAUAUAGAGGGACACUCCAGCUUGAAAAAAAGUCAUUAGUCUUCAAUUUCCAUCUAGCCAAUUGUAGGAUAUGAAUAUCCAAAGUAGGGCACCAUGACUGUUUUUACACUGAAACAACAUAUUAGGUCGACCUGAUCCUAUAUGAGGUCGACCGAAUCCUAAAUGAGGUCAACCAGAUCCUAUAUGAGGUUGAUCGAAUUCUAAAUAAGGUCGAUCUAAUCCUAACUGAAGUCGACCGGAAAGUGCAAGUCACCGUGACAUGCAUGUCACCGUAGGCACACCCUAUAAGUUUUGUUUUGGGGGAAAAUGGAUGGUCAUGGUGAAUUUACUCGCUCCCAUCCCAUUACACUUUUUACUAGUUUUAAUUUAUUUAUUUAAAGUUGAAUUAAAUGAAAUUGCAAAUAAGUCCUUGCUGGCUAAAAUGGGGAAGCUGGUGUCGCAGGAAAGUAGUAGUAGGCAUCCAUUGAGAUUGUUAAAUAAUAUAUUUUACAAAAUAAUUAAUAUAUAAUAUUAUAAUAUUGACGCUUUGUUCACUCUGUCAAUAUUGAAUUCUUUAAAUAUUAACGCUUUGACGCUCUCGUUCUCGCUCCCGCUCUACGCUCUGGUUACCUAAGUCCAGACUGGGUCUCGCAUUUCCUUCUCUCUUUUUUUAUGAAUAUUUCCUUCUCUUUUCCUUUUCCCGAUUUUUUCGAUUAAAAUAGAGAUUGGGAU